UCCCAGGCGGAGGACACACCCUCUACCGACAACUUCACUGCUGGUGCGUCCCACGGGGAUGCGCGGUCUCGCUCUCAUCACUCGCCGUUUGAAACGUUUUGCUUUGGGAGGACAUCGGUAAAGAGAUGAGAGAAAAGAGCUGCUUUUAGAGAGUGGGAAAGUCAAUGGGAUAAAAGCUCAAGUCAGGUCAGCAGGUCGAACAUUCAAAGCUUCUUUAGAGUAGCAGGUGGAAGGAGGAAGAGCUAGAGGAGGAGGAAACACCUUGGACUCGGAGUGUGGAAAGAUCUCAGUGGUUUUAUCAUUUACGUGUGCCACAUUGACUUUGCUCGUUUUCACGCUGUGUCUUCAUGAUGGACUCAUGGACAGUGUAAAGAAAGCGUCACCAAACGGGGAAAGGCUGUUCCGUACGCACAGAACAAGUGCGAAAAUGUCUCCAAUGAGAAUGGAUAGAGACCGAAAGAGUUGGCACUCCUGGGAGAGAUCGAGUACGGUCAGGAAGAGUGCUGGAAGGGGGAUGAUAAGGGAUGUAAAGCGCGGACCUCACUGGAGCGCGAUCUUCAAGCUCGCGCUCGCGCUCGCUCUGCACCCGCAGGUUGUGUGUGCGGUGGGCACAUUUGAAGUGCAAGUUCGACAAUGGAUAAACCCUCUGGGCUUUCUACAGAGUGGUCAGUGCUGUGACCCCCAGGCCAGUUGGGGGCAGCGCUGCUCAUCAGCGGAUCAGUGUGACACCUACUUCAAGGCCUGUCUGAAGGAGUACCAGGCUCGGGUUGCACCAACCGGCACCUGUACAUAUGGCACUGGCAGCACACCUGUCCUUGGUGGCAACUCCCACACCUUACACCACCAUGGAAACGAGAGAAGUGACAGCAGAAAUGGACAAAUUGUUAUUCCAUUUAAAUAUGCAUGGCCAAAAUCAUUUUCUCUGGUGAUCGAGGCUCUGGACCAUGACAAUGAAACAUCAGAGGCAGGUAGGCAGGAAUUAAUAGAGCGAGUGCUGCUGUCCUCCAUGCUGAAUCCAGGUGAGCAGUGGCAGUCCUUCCGCCAUCACGGCCGCACAUUCACUCUGGAAUACCGCUUGCGAUUCCGCUGCGAUAGCAAUUACUACGGCCCACUCUGCAACAAAUUCUGCCGAGCACGAGAUGACUUUUUUGGCCAUUUUAACUGUGAUCCUUCUGGUAUUAAAGUGUGUAAGGAGGGCUGGACUGGAGCAGAGUGCACACAAGCGUUGUGUAAGCAGGGAUGUCACAUGGACCACGGCUCCUGCGAUCAGCCCGGAGAGUGCAAAUGUCAUUACGGCUGGAAGGGUGAUCUGUGCGAUGAGUGCGAGACGUUUCCUGGCUGUGAUCAUGGCACUUGCACUGAACCCUGGAAGUGUGUGUGUGACACAAAUUGGGGCGGCCUGCUCUGUGACAAAGAUCUGAAUUAUUGUGGUAACCAUCAGCCAUGCAAGAAUUCUGGUACUUGUACCAACACUGAACCCAAUGAGUACCUGUGUGUGUGCAAGGAGGGUUUCCGUGGCCGCAAUUGUGACAUCGUGGAGCACACCUGUCUCUCUUCUCCAUGUGAGAAUGGUGGAACGUGUGUUGAAGACCCAAAAGGCUUCAGCUGCGUGUGUGCGCCGGGCUGGACGGGACCCUCCUGUGCCUCCGCGGUUUUGCGGUGUGACUCCAAUCCCUGUGGACAUGGGGCCACGUGUCAAGAGACGCCGCAAGGUUUCCAGUGUCUGUGUCCUCCGUUUUGGACUGGCAGAACCUGCCAGCUCGACACUAAUGAAUGUGAGACUGGCAUGUGUGUCAAUGCCCAUUCCUGUCGUAAUCUGAUUGGAGGAUAUUUGUGUAACUGCCUUCCCGGUUGGUCGGGACCAAACUGUGACAUCCGGAACAGUAGCUGCCAGGGAUUGUGUCUAAAUGGAGGACACUGCAAGGACUCUCAGUGUGUGUGUUUGCCGGGGUUCUCUGGUAAACUGUGCCAGACAGCAGUAAACGCCUGUGACAGCAACCCUUGUGUAAAUGGAGGGCAGUGUGAGGAGCGUCAGGGAGGCAGAAGCAUGUUCUGCAGCUGCCCGCUGGGAUACACUGGCACCUACUGUGAGGUGGAACUAGAUCUUUGUAAUCCCAACCCCUGCCCGAAGGGGGAGCCAUGCCUUAGUACAGAAGGAGGCUACAAGUGCACCUGUCCUGAGGGUUACUUUGGAAAUGAGUGCCUGAGCCUGAAGAGUCCCUGUCAUGAACCCCAUUGCCAAGGUGCAGUGUCAGACCCAGGUGGAGGUGGGUUCGGUAUAUAUAUGGUGUUGGUGGGUGUAUUGUCCCUGGUUGUGUCAGGCUGCUGCUCUGUGUGCGCACUACUGCUGUCCCGCCUGGACCACCGCCACCGGACCAAAGCGCAGCUACGUACUUAUGUGUCUGAGGACAACCCCAUUAACAACCAGCGGCAGUUCUGCACUCUCAUCCGUAACCUUGAUCACAGCGUGGCCCUGCUGCCUCCUGCCCAAACAGUGCCCAUGCCAGUGCUCUGCAGUGAAGAGAUUGAACUUACACUUCCUCCCUCACCUGUGCCCUCUCCAGCUCUAAAACCAGCCCACGGGCCAAAGCUGGACAUUUCCAAUCGCGAACGGGAAAAACUAAACCGUUUCCACUAUGCAGAGAAUCAGGAACUGGAGGUGUGACCGCACUUUGACCACUGGGAAAGAUUCUGACUUCUUGGUUCAGAGGGUCUGUCAGGCUUGAUGUAUCUUAAUCAACCUCUGCUGGUGAACCUUGACCCCUGAGCUUUGCUUUAUAGAGAGGGCUCAAACUUAGAAGGGAAUUAUUGGCACAGUCACAGGCAGAAGAAACUGUACGGACAGACAGGGUCCAAAAUUAUAACACACUUGUCAAUAGUGGGUAAACUGAGAAUAUUUAACAGCCAUACAUUUUUCUAAUCAGUCAUGAAACGGAGUAUUAUUAUCUGAAUUAUUUAACUUUUUUAAUUAGAUGAAAUUGCACUGUUACAAAAACGUGAAUAUUAUUAUAACAUGGCAUCAAAAAAAAUAAAAAAUUGUUGUCUUUGUCAUAAAUUCUAGAUAACAAGUUGUCCUAGGACACGCGAGUCACAACUUAUUUAGUAGACUGUUUGAUUUUUAAUCAAAUAAUUACAUCAAAGAGGAUUAGAUUAUUGUUUGUAUAAUGCGAUUUAAAACAUUCAUUUCAACAUCCACUUUAUUUACCCCAAAGCCAUUUUACGCACAUUUUGCACUUGGUGAGUGUUCAUUUUGGACCCUGUCUAGUUUGAAAUAACGGCAAGUGUUUUUAUAAGGCCGGCGAUUCAACUUCUUUGAAUCCUGGAUAUUUAAGUGUAUUUUAUUGUGUUUACACUUGUGACCUACAUAUUUGUACACAUUUGUUUGACUGUAAAUAUGCGUGUGUUUAUGAGC